AUGAUGGGAGUUGGCUCGUACUACCCUGCACCAGCAGGGAACAUGAACGCUGGUGCGGGAGGGGGCUACGGCCCCGACGGAGUUGAGAUUCAGGGACAGUAUGACCCUGAGUAUGCUAAGAUUCUGAGCAAGGAGGCUUUGCAGUUUGUGGUGGAGUUGCAGAGGGAGUUCAGGAACGGGAUCAACUAUGCAAUGAAGUGCAGGAAGGAAGCUAAGAGGAGGUACAAUGAGGGUGGUCUUCCUGGGUUUGACCCCGCCACGAAGUUCAUAAGGGAGGGGGAUUGGGUUUGUGCACCGGUCCCGAAAGCAGUGGCUGAUCGGAGAGUGGAGAUUACCGGACCUAUGGAGAGGAAGAUGGUCAUCAAUACUCUCAAUUCUGGAGCAAAAGUAUUCAUGGCUAAUUUUGAAGAUGCACUUUCACCAACCUGGGAGAACCUUAUAAGAGGCCAAGUAAACCUGAAAGAUGCUGUGGAUGGGAGCAUAACGUUCCACGAUAAGGCCAGGAACAGAGUCUACAAACUCAAUGAUCGCAACGUAGCAAAGCUUUUUGUGCGUCCAAGAGGUUGGCACUUGCCUGAGGCGCAUAUUCUCAUUGAUGGUGAGCCUGCAACAGGUUGCCUUGUGGACUUUGGUCUCUACUUCUACCACAACUAUGCAGCUUUCCGCGGAACCCAAGGCGAAGGGUCUGGACCUUUCUUCUAUCUCCCUAAGAUGGAGCAUUCAAGGGAAGCGAAGAUAUGGAAUUGUGUGUUUGAGAAGGCAGAGAAGAUGGCAGGGAUAGAGAGAGGAAGCAUCAGAGCCACUGUUCUGAUCGAAACACUUCCAGCUGUGUAUCAAAUGAAUGAAAUCCUCUAUGAGCUAAGGGAUCACUCUGUUGGCCUUAACUGUGGAAGAUGGGAUUACAUUUUCAGCUAUGUCAAAACCUUCCUGGCUCACCCUGACCGCCUAUUGCCUGACCGGGUUCUGGUUGGCAUGAAUCAACAUUUCAUGAGGAGUUACUCUGAUCUCCUCAUCAGGACUUGCCAUAGGCGCGGCGUCCACGCUAUGGGAGGCAUGACUAAUGAAAUGUUUUUAAGCCUAUACAAAGAUCCAGCAGCAAAUGAAGCAGCAUUGGAUUUGGUGAGGAAAGAGAAGCUAAGAGAAGUGAAAGAAGGAUAUGAUGGAACCUGGGCAGCACAUCCAGGACUAAUCCCAGCCUGCAUGGAAAUCUUCACAAACAACAUGGGGCACAACACCCCCAACCAAAUCCAAACCAUGAGGCGAGAAGAUGCAUCCUCCGUAACCGAAGAGGACCUCUUGCAGAGGCCCAGUGGAGUUAGGACCCUGGAGGGUCUCCGGCUAAACACUAGGGUGGGAAUCAAGUACCUGGCAGCAUGGCUAACCGGAACUGGUUUGGUGCCUUUUUACAACCUCAUGGAAGAUGCUGCAACAGCUGAGAUAAGCAGGGUUCAGAACUGGCAGUGGAUCAAUUAUGGAGUAGAGUUGGAUGGAGAUGGACUUGGAGUGAGAGUGGGGAAGGAGCUGUUUGGGAGAGUGGUGGAAGAUGAAAUGGGGAUUGAGAGCGAGGUUGGGAAGGAUAAGUUCAGGAAGGGAAUGUAUAAAGAGGCUGGCAAGAUGUUCACAAGGCAAUGCACUGCGCAAACUCUAGAUGAUUUUCUGACUCUCGAUGCAUAUAACCACAUCGUCUUGCACCACCCCAAGGCAUCAUCCAGGCUCUAAAUGCGCGUGAUCAACCUAGAUCACAUAAUCGUUGUUUAUGUACGUUACUGGGUAAAAAAAAAAAGAUGGUUCUAAGUCGAGACGAUUCUGUUCCUGAACUGUACUUAAACUACAGGAUAGGGAUAUCAAAUUACAAGGAAUCCUCAUGAUAUAUGGAUAUGUUACAUGGAAUUUCUUGAUGCUUUCGUGUACUUGUCCAACAAUGCAUGAAAGUUUUAUGGCAUUGGAACAGUCAACAACUUCUUUGCUUAUAGAAGAGGGCAUUUUCUCAAUAGGUUUUGAGUUCCGGAGAAAAGGUAGGUUUAAAUUCAAAAAUCAUGGCCCGUGUUUUGAAGGUAAUCCGGACAAACUUCUUUGCUAAUUGCUGUUCGGUGACAUCAACAUCUGCUUGUUUCUAUAACAUUAUAGGUAUGGUUUUUAACUAAAUCUAAACUCUAAAUUAAGCUAAGAGUAAAGAACAAAAGCUGAUUUAACCUAAUUUAAUUAGGAAAAUCUAAUUCAUAAGGAAUUUUUUUUUAAGAAAAAGGUCUUUUGGCUAUAACCUUUUGUUUCAUGUUUUUACUCUUCUGCUCUAUUUUUUUUAGAAUUUCCUUGAUGAAUUGAUAGAUAACAACACCAAACAGUGCAUAAAAUGUCUGGUGAAUGGAUAGAUAAAUCAUUUACCUUUUUCGCACAAAAUGUGACAAAAAAGUGCAUAAAAUUCUCUUAGGCCUCGUUUGGUUGAUAGAAAAUCAUGCUAUAGAAAAAGAAUUU